UUGGUUGCUGUCUCAAAGUCUAUGAUUUCUCCGAUUGGUGAUCCCUGGUGUUUCAUUGCUCAACCUCCAAGCUCCCGGUGGUACAGCGCUGCAUCGGCAACCUGGCAACCGUCAUGAAGCGCGUUCGGAUGACCUUCGAGGUUUCUGUAAAAAACGCGAAGCCUGGAGACAAGGUCUUUGUGGUUGGAGGCCGCCCAGAGAUCGGGGGCUGGCAGAUGGCCCAUGCGAAGGAGCUUACCACUGCACCAGAUAUGUUCCCACGCUGGAGCACGUUGGUGGACAUGGAGCCGGGACCCUUUGAGUACAAGUAUGUUUGGCAACAUUCUCACGGAGAAGCCGAGUGGGAGAGCACUGCCAAUCGAUCUUACCUCGGAACUGAUGGGCCUUUUUGCAAGGAUGGUGAGUUCAACCACAAUGAGUGUGUGCAGAAGCCAGGGUCUUAUGUGUGCUUUCACGGAUACUAUGCUCAUGCUGACUGGGCUCAACAGGAGUUUGCCAACCUGAAAUCAGAGCUUGCGACAUUGCGGAACACAGUUGAGAGGCAAUCCGAGGAUUUGGUCCAUCAUCGUACGCUGGUGAAAGAGCAAGAAGAUCUUCUGAUGAAACAGGGAGAAGUUGUAGAAAAGCAGCGUGCUGGUUUGGAAGCUCUUCAGGCCGAACUGGAAACCCAGAAGCGCAGCACUGAGCGGCUCGUCGAGCGGCUCAAGCGGGAGCUGAGCGACUUCCGCGCCAGGGCGCCUGACGCGGAAGAAAUCAGAGAGGAGGUCUUGAAGAAGAUCAAGGAGGACCUUCCAGAGAUCUCGGCACGGCGCAACGAUUCAUGCCAUGAAGCUGCUGCGGCCCCUGCUCCAGUGGAGGAAGCCUUCCAUGACGUGGAGCUAGAGCAGCUGCAGGCAGUUUUUCCUCCCACUGUGGAGCUCAGUGAGUUCAUUGGGUCCCAGGCUGAGAGGAGAGCCGAGGUGCCGAUGGACAGUCCGAAAGAAGAGAAGGCAUCGACCAUGCAGACGCCGCAUGCGCCAUAUGCAUCGCGCUUCAUAGGCCUUGGCGGCCUUGGCGGCCUUGGCAACACAAUCAGCUUUCACUAUCCUCUUCAUCCUGACGAGAAGACGGAGAAGGAGGCAAGACAAUUGACUGAGGAGGUGUUGCAGACCCUCAUGAACAGUUGGAAUUCUACCAAGGAGGAGAAGUUAAAACUUUUAAAGACUGCGCAGCUGAGGCUUCAUCCUGACAAAGGUGGAAGUAACGCUGCAAUGAAGUGGUACCAAGACUGGCGAGAACUUCACGAAGCGUGGUUCCUCAAAGGCCCUCAGUCAAAUGUGCUUGGUGAGAAGCAGCAGCCAGCGGGUUGAGCCAAAAGAGCUUGGCAUUAUAGCAGUUCCGAUAUCACCAAGCCAAAGCAAUCAAUGUACAGGUGCGAAGGCACAACCGCCGGAUUCGGCACUUGCUUCCAACCCAAGAGCGGUCUUGGAAAAA